GCGUUUCUAUCCAUCUUCAGAAAUGCACCAAUCAGAAUAGAGUAUUUCCAUCCAGCGAGCAAAUCAGUAUGAAACGAGCAUCGUGUGCCGCAGGCUCCAGAACGCUCGACAAAACGCUGGAUCCAUUUUUACUGGGGGGGUGAAGAAUUUGCAGGCAACAUAAUGAGCUCUUUGAAGCUGCAGAAGAGGCUGGCAGCCUCUGUUAUGCGAUGUGGGAAAAAGAAAGUCUGGUUAGAUCCUAAUGAAAUCAACGAAAUCGCUAAUACAAAUUCCCGACAAAACAUCAGGAAACUCAUUAAGGAUGGUUUGAUCAUUAAGAAGCCAGUUGCUGUACAUUCGCGGGCACGUGUUCGCAAGAAUACCGAGGCUAGACGCAAAGGACGUCACUGUGGCUUUGGUAAAAGGAAGGGUACUGCAAACGCGAGAACACCGCAGAAAGACUUGUGGAUACAACGUAUGAGAGUCUUACGUCGACUGCUGAAGAAGUACCGUGAGACUAAAAAGAUAGAUCGUCAUCUGUAUCAUUCCUUGUACAUGAAAGCCAAGGGUAACGUCUUCAAGAACAAACGAGUACUGAUGGAAUUUAUUCAUAAAAAAAAGGCGGAGAAGGCGCGCGCCGAGAUGUUGUCGGAUCAAGCGGAAGCUCGUCGUACGAAGGUCAGGGAGGCGCGCAAACGACGCGCGGAACGCAUCGCUACGAAGAAGCAAGAGCUCCUGCAGUCGUAUCAGCGCGAGGACGAGGCUGCUGCGGCUCUGAAAAAAUAAGCUGGAGAUCAUUUAAGAUUGUGUAUAUUGAAGAUAAAACUAUGCAAAUAGAACAAAAACGGAACCAAAAAUAAA